UUCCUGGUAGCUUGAACGCCUCACUCACUGUAAGGCAACAACAUACAUUUUAAACAGCGUAUUGUUGUCGAAUGAGUUCAUAAAACUCGUAGAACGCAGCGGGACGUCAUCGCACCCCCACCCUUUUUUUGUGUGGACCUCUUACAUUGUUUGCCAUAAGAUAAUUUUAUUUAUGGAGUUCAAUGUAAAUACUUGGGCGUGAGCGGGGCGGACCAACGGAGGGUUUCUUUGAAACAAGGUGGCAGGUGGGAAAAGGCGACCUACGGAGUAACGACAGCGUUAAUGAAACUUUGUUACCGAUUUCGUUAUGGGGAUGCCAUAUGCCACGUUAAGAUAAAGACCAAGACGACUGUGUUGAACAUGUUAAAGCGAUUGGACAAAAUCCGGUUUCGGGGCCAACGGCCAGAUGUGUUCCUGGAUCUAGGUGAAUCGCCCAACACAUCUGACACUGAAUGUAGCGAAGAGAUCCUGAUGAAGCCUAAGCCCUUGCUUAAAAUUAAAGACACUGAAGAACUGCAAGACCCUGUGAGUGCUCCUGCUGGUCCGGGGACACUUGCUAUGGCCGCAGCCAUCCAGGACUAUCAGAGGACUGAGACAGAUGGACUCAAUGAGGUGAAAGGCCACCUGGAAAUUGCCUUACUGGAAAAGCACUUCCUACAGGAGGAGUUGAGGAAACUUAGAGAAGAAACCAAUGUAGAGACACUGAAACAGGAGCUGGAGAAAGAGAGAUCGAAAAGGCUGGACUUGGAACAAAAACUGAACUUAGAAGUUCUCAAAACGAGACCAGAAGAUUCCGCACCACAGCCACCCAGAGCAACAACUGCAGCUCCCACCGCCAACAGUACAGGUCAGCCAGAAACGGACAAGCAGAAGGAGACCAUGUACUCGCGGCUGCAGACGUGGCUUUACGACCGAUUUGGAGCGUACAUCGAGGACUUCCGCUUCCAGCCGGAGGUGAACACGGUGGAGCCAGAUGAGCCGCUAAGCGCUAAGAGAUUGACUGAAAACAUGAGACGACUCAAGCGAGGUGCCAAACCUGUCACUAACUUCAAGAAGAACCUUUUUGCCUUAUCCAGCUGGCACUCCGUGUAUACGUCAACCUUUGCCUUCAUUAUCUAUAUGAAUGCAGCGUGGCACGGUUGGGCCAUCCCCUUGUUUCUCUUCCUAGCCAUUCUCAGGCUGUCCUUGAAUUACCUCAUUUCCAGAGGUUGGAGGAUCCAGUGGAGUAUUGUGCCGGAGAUCUCUGAACCUGCGGAUCCACCAAAGGAGGAUCUGACUGUUUCAGAGAAGUUCCAGUUAGUUCUUGAUGUCGCUCAAAAAGCACAGAAUCUAUUUGGAAAGAUGGCAGAUGUCCUGGAGAAAAUAAAGAACCUGUUCAUGUGGGUGCAUCCUGAGAUCACUCAAAAGCUCUACAUCGGUCUGUGGGUGGUCUUCAUCUGCUCCUGUCUCCUACCCUACAAACUCAUGGGCUUCAUGAUGGGGCUGUAUGCAGGGUUCAAGUUCUUCAUCAUCGACUUCCUGUUUAGGAGCUGUCCCAAGCUAAGGGACAAGUAUGACACGCCCCACAUCAUCUGGACCAGCCUGCCCACAGACCCACAGCUGAAGGAGCGUGGGGGCACCACACUGUCCAGACGGCUCUCUGGGUUUGAAAAGAUUCAGCCGGCGGUAGCUCGUGGGAGUCUAGGGACAGGCCUAGCAUGCGGUAUCAGUCUAGAGGAACAGACUGGCAGGGUCUACAAUACUAAGAAGGGUUCUUUCCAUGAGGUCUUCAAUCUAUCCGAGGAUGAGCGCCCUCUAGCAGUGUGUGAGAAUGGCUGGCGAUGCUGCUUGAUCAACAGGGACAGGAAGAGUCCCACUGACUACAUCCGUAAUGGGGUGCUCUUUGUCACUGAAAAUUACCUUUGCUUUGAAAGCUCAAGCUCCAGGUCAAACUCCUCUAAAAAGAAUAAAGUCAUCAAACUGAUUGACAUCACUGAUAUUCAGAAGUACAAAGUCUUGUCUGUACUGCCUGGGUCUGGAAUGGGAAUCUCCAUAGCAACACCGUCCACCCAGAAGCCGUUGGUGUUUGGUGCCAUGAUCCACAGGGAUGAGGCCUUUGAUGCCAUCUUCACACAGUACAUGAAGACGGCGACCAUGACUACAGCCAUCAACCCUGAGACCUAACAAACCAAGAUGGCUGCCUUCACCAGGGACUUCCUUACUGACACAGAGACAUAGCUAUGUAAUACACAGAGAGCCACCACUGCUACUGGCCAUUUAGUACAUAUGAAAUUAUGUUAAGCUAGUAUCCAUGCCAAGGUGGUGGAUUCCUCCACCAAGCCAGGGAGCCUUGGCACAUAGAUUAGCAUGUGAAUAUGGUAUCCACUUGAUCUGAGGCCUGGUCCAUCACUCUAGAGCCCAAGGUAUUUCUAUCCUCUCGCUGAUGACUCCAGCUCCUCAUUGGGUCUAACUAAGGAACUACGACUCCUGGACACGCCCACCAUUGCUGCCUCCUGCCUCCUAUUGGUUAGGUCGAGGUUGUUGUGUCAAGGGAUAGAGCCACACUUGGUUCUUGUUUACCUGUACUGAGGUUUUCAGUGUGUCACAGGAGGUUGGUGGCAUCUUAAUUGGGGAGGAGGGCUUGUGGUAAUGACUGGAGCAGAAUCAGUGGAAUGGUAUCAAAUACAUGGUUUCCAUGUGUUUGAUGCCAUUCCAUUUGCUCUGUUCCGGUCAUUAUUAUGAGCCGUUCUCCCCUUAGCAGCCGUGUGUGUGUGUGUGGUGGUUCUACAUUUGUCGUCUAUUGUGCUGUUUCAGGAGGAGGCUGGAUCUCCUUGUCUGUCACGCCUAUAGUGUGUAUCGCACGCACAUUGGUGCCCAUUGCUCCACUGAAUGCCCUCUGCUUCUGCCUUCAAUAGGAUUGAUUUUGAUUGAUAUAGAUAUCCCUGGUGGCCUUGCACAGGUCUUAGGCUACACAUUUUGUAAAUGUCAGUUAACAAGUGCACCAGAAACCACGCCUUGUUAUGUUAAAAAAUAGUGCUCACGUUUAUGAAAACCUCAAGCCUUCAUGUGCCCCAGUUAAUGAUAUUUUUAGUAGAAUUUCAACAAUAACCUUUAAUUUGAGGGAUGGAACAGGAAUAAUGUAAAGAUGGGCAGCUAAAAGCCUGGGGAAUACUGGAGCCAUUGUAGGGAAUAACCUUCUCACACAUAUUUGUGUCUUGUUAAAGGAAAGGUAUGGAUUUACAUGUACAUGUUGUUAAGGAGUCAUGAUGCAGUCAUACGCACCACAUAAACAUGACAUAGUAUUUCUGAAGCCUUAGAGUGUCUUUAUUAUGUAGGUCAGUAUGUGAUUUAUAAUAUGUGACAUUCUACAUAUACCUAAUUGGCUUAGUAAAACUAUGUAGGUUUUAUGGAGUGUUUUUUGGAAUGUGUUGCGAGAACUUUAUUGGACAGAUUACAUGUAAAGCAAUACCUAAACAAGCUAUUUCCAAAAUGCAGAAGCCUUUUCUACACUGCCUUGUUCAACCACUCUCAAUGAAGCCUUCUCUAAUCUUUUCACAGAUGUAGGCCAGGAUUCAAACCAAUGAAGCCUUCUCUAAUCUUCUCACAGAUGUAGGCCAGGAUUCAAACCAAUGAAGCCUCUAAUCUUCUCACAGAUGUAGGCCAGGAUUCAAACCAAUGAAGCCUUCUCUAAUCUUCUCACAGAUGUAGGCCAUUAUUCAAACCAAUGAAGCCUUCUCUAAUCUUCUCACAGAUGUAGGCCAUUAUUCAAACCAAUGAAGCCUUCUCUAAUCUUCUCACAGAUGUAGGCCAGGAUUCAAACCAAUGAAGCCUUCUCUAAUCUUCUCACAGAUGUAGGCCAGGAUUCAAACCAAUGAAGCCUUCUCUAAUCUUCUCACAGAUGUAGGCCAGGAUUCAAACCAAUGAAGCCUUCUCUAAUCUUCUCACAGAUGUAGGCCAUUAUUCAAACCAAUGAAGCCUUCUCUAAUCUUCUCACAGAUGUAGGCCAGGAUUCAAACCAAUGAAGCCUUCUCUAAUCUUCUCACAGAUGUAGGCCAGGAUUCAAACCAAUGAAGCCUUCUCUAAUCUUCUCACAGAUGUAGGCCAUUAUUCAAACCAAUGAAGCCUUCUCUAAUCUUCUCACAGAUGUAGGCCAGGAUUCAAACCAAUGAAGCCUUCUCUAAUCUUCUCACAGAUGUAGGCCAGGAUUCAAACCAAUGAAGCCUUCUCUAAUCUUCUCACAGAUGUAGGCCAGGAUUCAAACCAAUGAAGCCUUCUCUAAUCUUCUCACAGAUGUAGGCCAUUAUUCAAACCAAUGAAGCCUUCUCUAAUCUUCUCACAGAUGUAGGCCAUUAUUCAAACCAAUGAAGCCUUCUCUAAUCUUCUCACAGAUGUAGGCCAGGAUUCAAACCAAUGAAGCCUUCUCUAAUCUUCUCACAGAUGUAGGCCAGGAUUCAAACCAAUGAAGCCUUCUCUAAUCUUCUCACAGAUGUAGGCCAGGAUUCAAACCAAUGCAGCACUGUACCUUUUGCUUUCCAUUAAUUCUGAGGUGUAACUUCAUGGAAAUUGCCAUUGGAUCACGAAACUACACGUUCUUAACAAAAAACAUUUUUAUUCCGACACAGCAAACAAAUUCGACAAGUCAAGUGCAGUGUAAUAUCGGUAAUUUGUGCUACUUUUAAUCACGAACCAAAAUGUUUAAUAAGACUUCCUUUUGGGUUUUGACACCGAAGGGUGGAGGGGUUUGACGUAAACGCUGAACACAUACUAGUGACUCUAUCUAACUGGACAUUUUCUGUUUGAUGCCUUUAGUCUACAAGUUUUCAUUGGCCGUAUGUACGAGAUACACAUGGUAUACACCGUCCAAAGAAAUGCUUACUUGCAGGUUCCUUCUCGACAAUGCAACAACAAUAAAUAAUUAAAUAUAUAAAUACAAACAUGAAGUAAAUGGCUCAGUAGAAUAGAAUAAACAUUUGAGCAUCAGUAUAAUACAGGAAGGCACAAUUUAUAGUCCAAUAUUUACACAUGUUUUGGAGAAGGGGGGAUUGGGUGGCAAGCGUUUAAAUUGUGCAGUACAGCAGGGUGUGUCAAACUCAUUUUGCCCCGGGGUCCGCAUUCGCUCUUCAACGAGGUCUGGAGGGCAGCACAGAAUAAUAAACAAAUAUUUCCUUGCUCUCAAAAUCUGUAAAAAAAUAAACCUCUAUCCAUCGUUUUGGGAAUUUCCGAUGCUCCCUGACGGUCUGGCUUUCAUUUCAGUGAUUAUUAGUGAGUUUCAUUUUGGUUUUAGUCAUUUUAAAAGUAUAUUGAAUUUGUCCCCCCCAUCUAAAAAAAAAUGGUUUGACAUCCUUGGUCUAUAUCAACUAACUUAGGUCUUUCACUCUCCAAGCCUCUCAAGGAAGUUAGAUAUAUACUUAAAGGCCCAAUGCAGCCAUUUUUAUAUCAAUAUCAGAGUAACAAUUAAGUUUCUUACGCUAAUAGAUUUCCAUUAGAAAUAGGUAAAAAUUGCUUUAGCAACAAACUUUCUCUAGCAAGAUUUCUUCUAGGACUGCCUGAGAGUGGUCUGAGUGUGGUUUGUUUUCAAUUAAAAUGGUAAGAAGUAAACCAAAAUAGCUUCUUAGCUAAGGUACAUUUUUCAAGCAAGAAUAUUGCUAAACUGUCUGGGAGUGGGCUGGGGAAAACUGAAAACCAGCUGUUAUUGUCAGAAAGGUUUGGAACUAUUUGUUAUUGAUCUAUUAAUCAUUUUACCUCAUGGUUAUGUCACCAUGGAAAGCUGACACACUCGCCCAUGCAAACCUGCUGAUUAGAAGGUCCUGUGUAGAUUGUAUUUUCAAAAGCAACUAUCAGGAAAUAACACUAAUCACAUUUGUUCUGGCUUGUGUUAGUUUCAUCCGCUGUUUUACAAUAUGAUAUAAAACAAAAAACUGAAUGUUGACUGUACUGGGCCUUUAAGAAGCACAGAAUGUACAGAUUGUAUUUUUUGUUGUUUGCCAAAAUGUUUAUUUUACUGCUUGUCAUUUUGUUUUGCCCUGUAACUCUACUGUUUACAGAGGUUCAGUUCUAAACUCCACUGCUUUCGGACAGUUUGAUUCCUUGUGAGACUGAGGGUAUGAAGACUGGGUCUGUAAAUCUUGUGAUGGUGAACUUUUGUGUGCUGAUAACCCUAAGUUAUGCAGAUGCGCACAUGCAGAUGUUUAGUAAAGUAUUCAAUUUUUAAUAUUUUCCAUUUUCCUGUCACAACCGUCUUGUGUUUUUACUUCUAAAAAUGAAAAAAUGCCACCUGCUGAAGAGAACAAAUUUUGGGCCCAGUUAUCCCUUACUUCUCUUCCUCUCUGAUAUCAUCCAGUAUUUAUCUUUGGCAGUAACAAGCAGGUAUUUAUCCUAAUUAGGCCAAUCAAAGACUCACCCUGGGUUAUGCAACACUCUUUGCAAGAGGAGAGUGAAUUGAAAGGUGUCAUUUCAUGGAGUCAUGUUGCUUACUGCUGUGUGAAUCACCACUCUUUGUCUGAACAAUGUCAGUUUAUGGCAUGGCCGUCAACUGGAAGAUGGAAAGUGAUCAUUACUGUGUUCCCAAACCAUCAACAAGGUGUUGUAAAAAAAAAAAGCCCUCGUUGACUAAUCUUCAUCAAUUGUUAACUCUCAGUAUGAUGGCAAUGGCUUCACCAAGUCCUCUGGUAGGUUAGGUGCAGUGCUUACCUACCAUGUCCUUUACAGUGGUUCAGGACGAUUGUGAACCUGUAUACAUUUUCAGAGAAGGAUGGACAUUGUCUCUAUAGUUCUGUAUCAGAGGUGCAGAGAUUGUUUAAACCACUCAAAGGCUUGCACACUGCAGUGCUAAUCAUGUUAACCAAGUAUUUAUUUUAACUGUAAGUUCUUGUUAGCAAAUUUUUCAUUUUUUCACUGUUUUAGGAAAGAUUACUGCUUAGUUGUGAAUACUUCUUUGUAAUCUGCGGUGUCCACUGACAAAUUAUUUUAUACAUGAAAUGAUGUAAUAUAUAAAUCCCUAAUUUUUUAAAAGAAAAUAAUGUUUAUUGUAAAAUGUUAUGUACAUUAUUUAAGUAAACCAAUUUAAAGUAUUGA